AUGCCUACCAUUUCCGUCGACAAGUACAAGCUUUACGAAGCCCUCGGUCAAAAAUUCACGACCGAGGAGUUUGAGGACCUUUGCUUCGAGUUCGGUAUCGAGCUUGACGAGGAUACUGAAAAUGAUGAGCGUCCAAUUGUCAACGGCGAACAGGAGCCUCCUCAGCUCAAGAUUGAGAUUCCCGCCAACCGAUAUGAUAUGCUCUGCUUCGAGGGUAUUGUCACCAAUCUCAACAUCUUCCGUGGACGUAUUGAGCCCCCCAAGUACCGUUUAGUCGAGCCCGCGAGUGGCAAGCUUGAGUCAAUCACCGUCAAGCCCGAAGCCGAGCAGGUCCGGCCAUAUGUCUCUGGCGCUAUCCUCCGCAAUAUCAAGUUCGACAAGAGCCGAUACGAGUCCUUCAUCUCUCUACAAGACAAGCUUCACCAGAAUCUUGCUCGGAACCGAACACUGGUCUCAAUUGGUACCCACGACUAUGAUACGAUUCAAGGUCCCUUCACCUACGAGGCUCUCCACCCCAAGGAUAUAAAGUUCAUCCCCUUGAACCAGACUAAGGAGAUGGACUCUGCCGAGUUGAUGAACUUCUAUGAGAAUGACAAGCACCUGGGCCGCUUCCUACACAUCAUUCGAGACUCACCAGUCUACCCCGCGAUCUACGACUCAAACCGUGUUGUCUGUUCCCUUCCUCCAAUUAUCAACGGUGAUCACUCCAAGAUUUCACUCGACACCACCAACGUUUUCAUUGAGAUCACCGCCACCGACCUCACCAAACUCGACAUUGUCACCGACAUCAUGGUUACCAUGUUCUCCAUGUACUGCUCUGAGCCUUUCACUGUCGAGCCCGUCCAGAUCAAUUCCGACCAUAACAACCAAACCAGAGUCACUCCCAACCUGAAGCCCAGAGUUGCUGAGGUUGAAAUCGACUACCUCAACAGCUGCACCGGGCUCAGUGAGUCUCCCGAGAGCCUGUGCAAGCUUCUCUCCAAGAUGUCUUACACCUCUACGCCAUCAACAAGAGAUUCCAACAUCCUCGAGGUUGCUAUUCCCCCAACCCGAGCUGAUGUCCUGCAUCAAUGUGACGUGAUGGAAGAUCUUGCCGUGUGCUACGGAUACAACAACCUUCCCCGUACUGCUCCUUCGCGAAGUGCUACGGUUGGCGCCCCCCUGCUGGUCAACAAGCUCAGUGAUAUUAUCCGAAUCGAGGCCGCCGUUGCUGGCUGGAGUGAGGUUAUGCCCCUGAUCUUGUGUAGUCACGAUGAGAACUUCGCUUGGCUAAACCGCAAGGAUGACGGAAACACCGUCGUACGUCUGGCCAACCCCAAGACCGCUGAGUAUCAGGUCGUGCGAUCAACUCUUCUACCUGGUCUUCUCAAGACCAUUCGCGAGAACAAGGGCCACAGCGUGCCAAUGAAGAUCUUCGAGGUCUCUGACGUUGUAUUCAAGGAUGAGUCUCAGGAACGCAAGGCUCGCAACGAGCGACAUUUCGCCGCAGCCUGGUAUGGCCGAACAAGUGGUUUCGAGGUGGUCCAUGGCCUGCUUGAUCGUGUUCUUCUCAUGCUUCGAACUGCUUUCCUCACCCACGAGGAGGGUCUUUCUGGCAAGAGUGUCGAUUUUGAGGUAAAGGAGAACCCUGGCAAGCCUGAUGGUUACUGGAUCCAGGAGCUUGACGAUGCCACUUUCUUUGCUGGCCAUGCUGCUUCCGUAUACCUGCGUCUUGGUGGAAAAGAGAGACGCAUCGGGGAGUUCGGCAUCUUGCACCCUACCGUGUUGGAGAAGUUUGAUUUGAAAUACCCUGUCAGCACUCUCGAAAUCAAUCUCGAGGUCUUCCUGUAA